GUGUACUGUAUGUACUGUAUAUGUGAACCCAUCCCUAACUCUAUGGUGAUUUCCAUCCGGGCAAUGGCGGCCCUUGCGGCACGGAGGACCGAGGAUUGGACAACGAGGGAGAGAGUCUCGCGGAGGGCGUGGCUUUUUAUAGGGAGCAGGUCUGUCUCCUAGGUAACGGCGCAGGCGUCGGGAGGGGGCGCGUGCGGAGGCGUUCUAUGUGGAGGGCGACGGAGGCAGACGCGGUUUGUUUUGUGUUGAUUGUGCCAUUCGAUCAGAACUAUGGGAUUAUUUGACAAACUGGCAGGCCUGCUUGGCUUGAAGAAGAAAGAAGUUCAUGUUUUGUGCCUUGGAUUAGAUAACAGUGGCAAAACAACAAUUAUCAACAAGCUGAAACCAUCUAAUGCUCAAGCUCAAGAUAUUGUUCCCACCAUAGGAUUUAGUAUAGAAAAAUUCAAGACAUCAAGUUUAUCAUUUACUGUAUUUGACAUGUCGGGUCAAGGUAGAUACAGAAAUCUUUGGGAACACUACUACAAGGAUUGCCAGGCCAUUAUUUUUGUUAUUGAUAGCAGUGACAAACUAAGAAUGGUUGUGGCCAAAGAAGAACUUGACACACUCAUGAAUCAUCCAGAUCUUAAACAUAGACGAAUACCAAUUUUGUUCUUUGCCAACAAGAUGGACCUUAGAGAUGCUGUGUCAUCUGUAAAAGUCUCUCACUUACUGUCCUUGGAGGACAUCAAAGACAAGCCAUGGCAUAUCUGUGCUAGUGAUGCUAUUAAGGGAGAAGGAUUGCAAGAAGGUGUAGACUGGCUUCAAGAUCAGAUUCAACUAAUGAAGACAUGAAAAGCCAAUGAGCUAUGAAAAUAUCUUAAAGAACAUUUGUAGAUGUAACUGAAGAACCUUGAAGAUAAAGGACUCUUUUAGACUGGUUUAUUUCCCUAUUUUGGCUUUUAUAAAAAUCCAUCAGGUUAAUUGUUAUUUUUUGCAAUAAAACCUAUAGCUCUCAUACACAUUCAUGUUAUGGACCAAAAAUGCAGGUGUGAUUGGAACAUUUCAGUCGUUGUAUGCAGUCUAAAAAUACCAGUGUGUUUUGAGUUAUGAGCCCAAGAAGAGGUGCAAUAAAUGGACUGCCCUCCCUUGCCAUGUUUCCUGUUGAGAAAAGCAUAUACAUGGUAUACACAUUGGGAUAAACCAGUUUAUCAACAUGUGCACAAGGAGUAAUUGCUAUGGAUCUCAGGAUCACAUGUUCCUCUGCAAAGCAGAGAGGCAACUCUGGCAGCUUUUUCUCCUGAUCUAAACCUUGGCUUUUCAUGUCAUCCAAGCCAGGGACUGUACCUUAAAAUUCAUAAUUCUCAAAAUAAGAGAACUUUCUACGGCCCCAUACAGACAGGCCAAAAUAAGGCUGCUUUGGGACACUUUGGAGGUAUGCUAUUUCAAUGAUAUAUCCGUACUAAGAGUCUGGAAGCUGCGCCAA